AUGAACGAAAAGGAGCAAAAGAGACAAGCCAAAAUUGUAGAAAGCGUAAAGUACACGCAAAAUGAAAAUAUCCUUCUGGAAAAUUUAAAUGCAAUUUAUCAGAAUGAAGGAAAAAGACAAGACAGUCACGUAGUGAUACAACUUAUUGACAUAUUUUUAGAGGAAAAUAAUUACACCUACAAUGAGAAUUUUUUGUUUAAUUAUAACCUUUUGAAAAGGAGCAAGGAGUUACAUUUAAAUGCUGGGAGGAAAAAUAAAUCGGAAUUUAGCAAACAGUAUAAAAUAUGCGUGAAGAAUAAAAACAUCGAAAAGGUGAAUGAAGAAGAUGCUUACUAUUUUGCCUUGAGAAGGAAAAACCUGUGUACCUUUAGUCGUGAAUUUGUAAAUGCCAAAAAAAUUAUUUUUCAGUUCAUUUGCAACAGUGUUCUCAAUGGAUGUGUGCAUAUAAAUUAUUUAGUUGAUAAAAUUUAUGUAGAUUUUCAAAUUAAGAGCAGCAAAAAUGGGUUUCCUCCACAGAGCGGGAAUUAUUCCAAACACCUAAUUUGCAAUGACGAUUUGGUGAACAUCCUGAUCGAAACGAUCUUCACCCUGUUUGUGAGAGGUCUACAUGAGGAGCAUGGCGAGUCUGAUAUGGAAGGAGAAAAAAAAAAAAAAAAAAAAAGUUUUUUCCAUAGUUAUGGUGAUAUUCAAAAAAGCUACCUGAUGCAUUCUAAGGAGCAGAAUGUCAAGGAUGAAACCAACCACGUGGACGAUAAGAACAUCAACUUGGUGAACAUUUUAAAAAAACUAAUCACCAUUGAUAAAAGUUUUGUCAAAAAUGUGUUUUAUAUUUUUUUGAAGAAUGUAGAAAAGGUCAUCUUAAUGAAUGCGCACAGAAAUGAAGACGAACUGUGUGCACGCGUUGUGAAUGUGUUUAAAGAAAUUAUUGCCUACUGUGAUGAAUUUGAAAUAGGCACUGUGUAUCACAUACUGCUGAAUAAUGAAAUGGUGAGGAGAAACCGGGUCCUGCAUACGUACGUCGUGGCGCUGUGCAUACUGAACCUGCGCAAUGUGUAUAACGCGUACAACCUGGAGCUUUGCAUGGGCAUCGUUUGUGGGGAGCUGGGCUUGGAGGGGGAGGACGAUGAAGAAACGGACGACGAAGAAACAGACAGUGAUGAAGAGGAUGGUGCGGUAAUGAACGAUGAAACGUCCAAUGAUGAACUAUCUGACGAAGCCCAGACGAACACCCACCAACUGACCGAAACUGCCGCCGAAGAAAGGACAAAACACCUGGUCCUAUUUCUCCUCAUAUUUGCCCUCAAAAUAUACGACAUAAGUUACCUUAACGGGUGUGUGCAGGAGCCGUUGCAGAGGUUUCUGCGAUUGCUAAGACGGAAUGUGCAUUCCUUGAAGGACAGAUUUUACCACGUGUUAAAAACGAUCCUAUUUUUUCUCAUUCUGGUGUUUCACAAUUUAAAUAUUGACAAGAAUGAAGCGGUGAUUUACAUUCUGGAAUGUUUAGAUAUGCUGCUUGAGGUUUAUUACCCAAAUGGGGUGUUCCUCAGGGGGAGCAAUACGCCUGCCAAUAUACUAGAUGAAGGCACUAAAAAGGAGGGGGAUAGUGAGGACGCCCAUGUGGCAUGUGAAGAACGCAACUUGGUUGGUGAUGCAGAUGAUGGGGAUCCAUUCUGCUGUGAAAGGGGGAGGGUAACAAAAUCAAGGCGAGGUGAAAAAGAAGCCUAUACUAAUAUGAGCGAAAUGGAGGGAAGUGUCCUGGGGGAUAAUAAUUCAAUCCGCUCCAAGUGGAAUCCCCACCAGAUGAACUUAUUCCAAUUUAACGUCUCACCGUUGCUUCUAUGUUUAACAAUUCCUAUUCAUCUGGAGUACAACCUUAACCAGAAGAAGGAAGAAAAUUCGAACGGGAUCAAUCGAAGAAUUAUGGACACCUCGAAAAGGCUGAAAAGUAAGUGGGUUACGUUCUUCACAAAUUAUAAUAGCUCUUUUUUGGGCUACUUAAGGGGGAAAGAUAUGAGCAUGGGCCACGCUUUGGAUGAUGGUAUUCACGGAGGAAAGUCCUCAACACAGUUCCACAGAAGGAUGUGGAGUGGGGGAAACCACCUCAGCAUAAUGGAAAACAUAAUGGAGGAGGUGAACUACCUAACGAGUGAAGCAAAUAAUUUAACAAAAGAAGACGUUUUGGAAGUCCUCUGUGUAAAUAAUAUUUUAUUUUAUCUGCACGAAAUAUUUGUCCACAUAGAUCUGAUUUAUCUGAUGCGCUUCUUCCAAAUGUGCGAAAGUGAUCAGCUCAAAUUUCGAUGCAUUGACGUGGUACACAAAAACAGAGAAUUGCUUGUGCUCUCCAAAAUGAACACAAAAUUAUGUAUUAACACAUUUGAGAAUUUGAAAAAUGAAAAUAUAUCUAAAGUGAAUUUUGUUUACAUCAAUUUGUUGAUAUUGUCUCUAUUUGAGUGCAAUUUAUUUUACGUUUUUAAAUUUAUGUCAUAUUAUUGUUUAAUAAAUUCGUUUGAUUUGUUGAGGUUUAUUCCUUCUUUGCUUUUUGUAUAUAAGAUGUCUUUCUCGAGUUGCGUACUACAGGGGGGGAGCUUCAAAAUGGGGGGGUUUUCUCCCUCUGAUGAAUCUACCCCCCAGGGAGAUGCGCACCGGCAUGCGUUUGUGUUGAGGAGCCUAAUCCUGCACAUGCUGACCAAAAUCGGAUGCAGCGAUAGGAAUAUUCCUGUUGUCUAUAACUGCAUUUGUAUUUUGCUGAACAGUGGAAAUGGCCAAGCGGGGGGGAAUGAAGAUUUGUCAGUGUGCCCCACUGAAGAUGGGAUAGAAUCGGAUGCAUGUGAGGGAGGGAAAAGGGGAGGAUACUACUACCAUAAAACGGAGGGGAACCUUUUCGACCAGAUUCUGUUCAACAAGUUGUACCUCUUACACUGCUACGAUAAAUUAGUGGACGUGAACGAAAAUAUAAUCAGCAAAUAUUUCAAGUAUGUGGAGGGUACCUUCGAGGUGGCAAGCCACAGUGGGAAGGACAACAUGGGUGUAGAGAAGAAACACAUCAUCCGGAAGAGCAGCAAAGAGGGGAAUCCCCCCCUAAGUGAACAAAAUCACAACGAUAGUACUGAAAACGGGAACACAAUCGACUACAUGACGGAGGAAAAUGUGGGCAUACUUUUUGACUUAAAAAAUGUGCUCAUCCUGUUGAAGCUAUGCAGAUUUUACAACGUCAGCUAUUAUAUAAACAGCAUAAUAAAGCUGAUAAAUUCCUUUUUUAAAAAAUACAAAAGUUGGACUUCGCACGAGGGUUAUAUUGGGAAGGUCCAAAAUGGCAUCAUCAAAAUGAGCAUACUAAUUUUGGUGAUCCUCUCGAUGAAGAAGUACAUAGAAUUUGAAAUUAUUUAUAAUUUGCUGAAGAAGAAUUUUUUAAAGAAUGCGGUGUGUAGUGGAGGUAACAGCGGGGAAGACAUCAUCUGUUCCGUCAUUUGCUUCACAAGGCACUACAUCAAGCACAUGAUUUAUGAGAAGGAAAAGCUGUGCGCUGAGCAGUAUGAUAUUCUAUACCAUACAAAGCUGAAAUAUAUUUUUAAAGACUUGUACAAAUUGCUGAGCGGGAAGAACGAUGAGAGCAUCCUGGGUGAAAUUGUUGACGUCAUGUCGGUGGUUUACCCAGUGUAUUACCAAUAUUUUGAUGUAAACGCACAGGGGGGUAGCAUUAGUAACAGUGGGGGUUUCUUCGAACCAGGGGAAGGCGGACCAGAUGAUGAUCCUCACUAUAUAAACCAUCCAAUUGGAAACAGUAGCAACGCAAUGUAUAGAGGCAACCCUGGGAUGUGCGAACUAAAUGUGCAAGAGAAAAAGAAUCUGCUGAGUCUCUUCUUCGACAAGAAUUUCAUACAUGAAUCAUUUAUGAAAAGCGGGUUGAAAGAAAACAUUUAUGAGAACAUACAAAAGGCUAUUUUGAAGGACGAAAUGAACAACAUGUCCUUGUACAACCUGAGGAAUGAGAAUAACAGCAACAGCAACCACCUGGUGAGGGUCCUCUACAAACUUUUCUACUCAAACAUUAAGAAUGAUAAAAUUUCUAAUUUUAAUUAUUAUGUGAAGUUACUUCUUACCGAUAAGUUCCAGCACCUUGAGGAGGUCAUUUCCAUUUUGAAGAACUUGCCCUUUUUUCACGUCCACUAUGUUUCUUUCUUUUUUUACGUGGUGAAUUGCUUCUUCGAGAAGAUGCAAAGGAAGUUUGACGCUGGGGAGGAGUUCAUUCUGAACGUACAGGGGAAGGCAGCUGAGGGGGAAGUGCCAAAACAGGACAAGUCUGUUGAUAAAUCGAAGGGGAGUGCACCCCCUCCGGGAGCAGCGAAGAAAGGAGUCACAUAUGAACUUAUCUGCAACAGGAUGUACGAAGAAAUAAAGCGAAUCAUAGGGGAGGACAACCUGAACGUGUAUGUGUUUUACCCCGUAUUGAGUGUCCUAUGCAAGCACAACAACGACAUUAACGAGAUUUUAAAUUUCUUUUAUGAGCGAAUUGACUCGUAUAUUAAGGAGGAAGAUAGCAAAUUGCAGGGAAACAAGAACGAAGUUGUUUUGAUUUUUCUUUGCUUAAAUUAUAUUCACACGAACGUUUCUCAGAUUCCAAACUUUUAUGUGUUUCUUACGAACAUGCUGCAUGAAGUGGCUAUCCGCAAAGUGAGGAAUAUUCUCCUGUUGUGCCUGAGUUCGUGCUGCUACUACACCAAUUUGAGCGGCGCAGAAAUCUCGACGAUUUUGGCUCUACAUAGGAGUGAACUGUGUGCUGGGGACGGGAUCAACUUGGCAUACGACGCUGGGGGAGACAAAAAUAGUGACAUUGUAAAGGAGAAUGAGAAACCGGACGAUGGUGAGAACCUGCACUUUUUCCUCUCUCUCGGGAACCUCUGCUUCUACCUAUACAAGCACUACAACAGCCACACGUUCGAUGAGACGAUCAAACAAUUUUACGACGCCCUGGUGAAGUCGUUACGGAGAAAAGUCGACAACGCGAUUGUCCCGCUGGCGAACGUUAUGAUGUACCUUUACAUAAAAAAAGUGAUAGAUGUGCACGAAAUGGUUAACACCUUCAAGGUGGUUGUGGCCAAUCUGGGCAGCGGCCUGGUGUACGAUUCGAAGUACGUCAUCUAUGGUCUCUGUUCCCUCUACCACGUCUUAACAUUUUAUUACAAGAAGAAUUUUGACUGCUUUGUGUGUGAGGAGAGCUCCUUAAGGGGGGGCACAAGUAACUAUUUACACGUCAAGGGAGGUGGAGAUCAGACAAACCAAAGUGAGAACCUCAAAGAAACGAUGCAAUUCCUAUCUCAUAGGAUGCACGAAAUUAUUGUACAGUAUUUUGAAGAACAGGAUGAUAAAAAUGUGAGUCUCAUUUCAUAUUGCAAUUUGAUUGGGUUAAGAAGCCUCGGUGUGGAGUCCAUUUCGGCUGACUACUUCGAUUCGAACGAAUAUUCCAAUAUGACCAUUUUAUUUAUGAACAGGUUUAUAAAAAAAGAUUUCGAAAUUAAAAAAUGCGUAAGUGCAACGAAUAACAUUUUGGCGUGCUCGGAAUCGGAGGACGAGGGUGAGACUUUGCAUGGGGGGAGUAGUUCCAUGGGGAGGAAGAAAUUUGUGAGAACUGAUCAUUUGGGACAAGAAACCAGCACUUUUACCAAACAGGAUGCUAGCUUGUUCCUUUAUCAGAAUGAUAAUUACAAACUGAAUAGUGACAUUAUAGUGAAUGACCACGGUACCAUUUUGACGCUGAUUUAUUUGUUCUGCUAUAAGUAUUAUGAAGAGGUAAGUAAAUCCCUCAUUAGGGUAGAAAAUAUAGAGAAGAAAAAUAUGCUCUACCACGUUUAUUCGAAUUUGUUGAGGAUUGAAAAUUACAUAAAGGGGUUUUUAAGAGUGGGGAACCUCCUCGACAUUGACGGAAACUCUUUUAAGAAGGAUAAGGAAUAUGAACAGGUUAAGUUGAAUAUUCUGUCCCAUGUAGAGGGGGAGGAUGUGAAGUCCCUACUGCUCUUCAGAAGGGAACUGUUUGACCAUUUGGGGAGCUUCCUAAAAACUAUGAAGCUGAUAAAUUAUGUAAAGUUGGAUGUGCAGAUAAAGGACGCCGUGUUGAACAUAUACUCCUAUGUAACCAAACUGAUAAAAAUAUUUUACAUCCUCCUCCAAGUGAUAAUUGAAAAGAUCACGCAAAAUAUAAGUCAGAACAUGAAAAGGUAUUACCAAUUUUAUGAGGAGUUUAUAAGAAGGGUGCACAUUUUGUACGAAUGUCGAAUCAGCGUAUUUGAAUACUUCUCCCUUUUUAGCUGCUUCAACAAUUCAUAUGGUCACAUCUUUUGCAACUUCAGCAACUACUUCGACUGGUUUAGUACUUAUGAAAAGUACAUGUAUGUUAAGUGUAUUACCAAUUUUCAGCGAAUCAAAAAGGAAGAAAUUAAGUUUGUCUAUUUGAAUGUUCUGAAAGGUGCCAAGUUGUUUCAUGAGGACACGUCUUUAUGGAUUUACGCCAUUUCGAUACUUAAAGUUUUGCUGAAAAGGAUAUACAAAAGUGCGAAGACAAGUGGAAAAGUCGAAAUGGAUUCGGCGAAGAGUUACUAUGACUUGGGCUCCUACAUCAAAUUCGCAUUCGUCACUGUUUUUAACGAGACGGUGCUGGCUCGCUUCAGGGAUAACUACUACAAUCACUACUCUGUAUAUCUGCGUGCGGGUGGAAUUACCAAAGGGGGGAGUGCAGAAAAUGUCAACAAUUCGCCAAAUGGUGAGAAAUGGAAGGACCGACUUCGUUGCGAAGAACCAAUGGUGAAAAGCACACGGGGGGAAAGACAAACCAGUGCAAACUGUCCCAAGAACGUCCCUCACGUGGACGUCCCCUUCAACGUCAUGCUAUGCAUAGCCGACUUCCUUGCCCACCUGUGCAAAAUAAUUAUUAAAGAAAAGCUAGAUGACGAAAUAAACGUGGACGAACUUUUGAAAAAUUUCCCCGUCCUCAUUCAAGGGUACGUCAUGCUAAAAUUGAGGGCAUCCUUUAAAAGGUUAAAUUUGAUAAAAAAUAAAAUCCUGUUUUAUGAGCCGAAGGGUCACUUUACAUUUAGGGAGAGGUUACAGGACUUCUACUGUGCCCAGGAGAAACUCCGAAAUGGGGAAAGAACGAUCUCAUUAACAUUAGAUGACGAGAAACUCUUCCACUUUUUUCACCACCUUUUUUGGGUAAAAGAGUGCAUCUCUUUAGCGUAUAUAUAUAGUCACUUUGGAGAGAAGCAGAAGAUCCUAGACGGUUUGCUGCAAAUGUGCAGUGUAUCUCAGGUUAACAAGGACUACCUCUACAUUGUGGUCACUUCCUUUGUUCUGUUUUGCAUGAAGUGCAAGAACAGUUCCUUCCUUUUGAAUAAUUUUAUGUACAAUUUUGGCCCGUUCACCGAGUUGAGCGGCUUAUUGGGGGAGUUUUUUGCUGAGGGGGAGGGUGUGCCAUUUCCGUUUUUCGGCGGUGAUGGGAAGAGGGAAGAAUUACCCAGUGAGCAGAGCGGGUUGGAUUCUAGCAAGUUGUAUUCAUAUGGUGACCUCUCUGUGAAUACUCAUAACGGAAACCACAUCCCUGGUAGUAGCAGCAUCAACGGGGAAAGCAACCCCCCGAAGGAUGUCGAACUUGCAAAAAUCCUUCUCAUCAUCGAGGAAGAAUUCGUAAGGACGAAAAUGAGAAAUUCGUUUCGAAGGAAAACACACACACAGCGGACGGAAGACAACAACCUGCUAAAUGAAUUAUUUUUACAAAAAGAUAUGUUCUUUUUAAAAAAAUUGGGAAUAUUUUACAUGAUGAAAAAUAAUGAUCAAAGAACCAAGUUGCGGCAAAGCUACAACAAAUUGAUUUCCCUUUUUUGCAAAAAAGAAAAACAAAAUUUGUUCAUUAAGCCGGGAAAUAUACGCAGGGGUGUAAAUGACACAGACGACAUUGCUACGGCGGGAUAUACCCAAGACUUUGUCGAUAACUCCUAUAUGAACGUGACCUUUUUUAACUCCAAUGCGGAAGACAAUGCCUUCAUUUCGGGAGAACGUGAAAUUUUCACCAAAUAUUUGACCGUCCCUCUAUGUAUGAAAGAUGUUUUUACCUUUUUCGAAUUGAACUUGAAUAAAAACAUCUUGACAAGUAGUUAUAAGGAGCUGUUUCGUGAAAGGGCUACCCGGGAUGGGAAGAAGAGGGACGAUGCGAAGGAAUCGGAGAGUGAUGAAGCUAACGUGGAUGACUUCAGGGGUGGCAAAAAUUGGCACACUGAUGAUACACCCCCAUUUUCAGACUUAUCAGAUGAUGACGAAAACGAUAGCCAUGAGAAUAACCCUAACCAAAACAAUGGUGGGAAGAGCGACGAUAUGGAAAAAACUUCAUUCAUGGAAAAGCAACGGAAGAAGAAAAAAAUUUUACUUUACGAUAGCACGUUGCUGAACUAUUUGAAUAGCAAAUAUUAUUCCGUUAAUAAUUACGAACUGUACCUAGUCCAUAUGGGGUUUAUCAGCGAACACAUUCGGGAGGCGUUCUUUGAGGGAACCAUUCCCACCUCCAGUGGAUAUAACGAUCACAUUAGUAGGAAGAAACUGACAGAUAAACUGGCCAGGCAGUUCGCCCUCCUGCAGACCUUUUUUAAAAAUUUAAGUUUCUUUUUCAUCACCUUCCCGAAGGGCAUCGUUUUAAACAGUUCCGAGUACUUCUUCCCCGACAACAAAAACCAUUUCGUACAGAAGGUGAUAAAUUUCUUGUGGCAGGAGUACGUCAGCAAGUACGGGUGA